AUGGCUCCAGAUAACAGGGGAAGCAAUCAGGGAAGCAUCGCAUUGCACUUGUACGACACUGAGAGACGUAUCAAAGAUUUUAUAGAUUCAACUGAGUUAAGAGAAGAUGAUAAGAAAGGCAUAGAUGUACCAUUUGUUGCUUUGGCAACCAUACUAGCUGCAACAGACAACUUCUCAGAGGCAAACAAGCUUGGACAAGGGGGAUUUGGGCCUGUUUACAAGGGUAAGUUUCCAGGAGGACAACUUAUUACUAUAAAGAGGCUGUCACGAGGUUCAGGACAAGGCUUAGAAGAAUUUAAGAAUGAGGUUGUGUUGAUUGCCAAACUUCAGCAUAGGAAUCUUGUUAGACUUUUGGGCUAUUGCAUUGACAGAGAUGAAAAGAUGUUACUCUAUGAAUAUAUGCCCAACAAAAGCUUAGACUCCUUAUUUGAUCGAACACUAUGUGUGUUAUUGAACUGGGAGAUACGCUUUGACAUCAUUUUGGGAAUCGCUCGAGGGCUGCUUUAUCUUCACCAAGAUUCUAGGCUGAGGAUCAUUCAUAGAGAUUUGAAGACAAGUAAUGUCCUGCUAAAUGAGGAGAUGAACCCCAAGAUUUCUGACUUCGGCUUGGCCAGGAUCUUUGAAGGCAAACAAACUGAGGCAACCACGACCAGGGUAGUAGGGACUUACGGCUACAUGUCUCCUGAAUAUGCUUUGGAUGGGUUUUUCUCAUUCAAGUCUGAUGUCUUUAGCUUUGGUGUGGUUGCACUUGAGAUUAUUAGUGGGAAAAGGAGCACAGGAUUUUUCCAGUUAGAAGAGUCUUUGAGUCUUCUAGGCUAUGCAUGGAAACUGUGGAAAGAAGACAGGGCAUUGGAUUUAAUGGACCAGACAUUACGUGAAAGUUGCAACACAAACGAAUUUUUGAGGUGUGUCAAUGUUGGACUUUUAUGUGUACAAGAAGACCCCAGUGAUCGUCCCACUAUGUCGAAUGCAGUUUUCAUGCUUGGGAAUGAAACUGCGACUCUCCCAACUCCUAAACAACCAGCCUUUGUCGUAAGGAGACCCCUUUCUAGCACAGGUUCUUCUUCUAGUAGACCACGAUCAUUUAAUGAAUUAACAGCUACCAUUGAAGAAGGUCGAUGAUGAUGGAAGUUCUUAUCAUGAGUCCUGUUUUCUCUUUACCAGUUUCUACUGCUUAAUCAGUACUGUAACUUCUUUUGC